GUUGCGAAUUGAUGCGAUAUAGUGCUGUAACACUAAUAUCGAUAUUUAAAAUAACAUCACCAUUGCUGUUACUCAGCACUGUUUUUAUUUGUAGCUGGCGCUAGAUUUUGUUACAAUUUUAAAUAAAAUACCAAUCAUGUCCAAUAAAGCCGAUAAACUAAUGAAACAGGCUAUGCGUGAGCAACAGAAACGCAUUAGACCCGGUGAAUGUCAGAAAUAUGUGCGUUUAGUACUGGAUCAAGGACUGCUGCUCAUUCCUUGGGGUCAGGAACUGCUUGAAAAAUUAAAUAAUACAGACUUAAAGUAUGAGAUAAGAAGCUUACCCGCACGUAACUGCAUUUUUUGGGAGCGAAAUGUCGGCCAACAGACUCUGGUAGCGGGUGUCGAAUUGGAAGAUGCUUGGCAUAUGGAGCAACAGGUUCUUUUGGUCUAUGCUGAAGCGGACUUUCAACGCGCACUCAAGGAUCACAACUUGGGCUGCAUUAAAGCCAAGUUGCAAGAUGCAUUUCCAGCACUAAACUGCCAAUUCACAGUGGUUGUUCCCCGACUACGUCAGAGCAAACACAGCCACGAGACUAAUGCUUUAAUUGAGCUGCAACUGCUGCAGCAAUUGCAUGUGGAGCAACUGGCUCAGCCGCAAUGUCAGGAAUUUAUAUUACUGCUGCAGCGCUACACCAAAGCAAUAGCUGAGUUGCCAUACAAGCAACAAAGACAAUCAAUUCUAGGCAGCUUUAAGAAAUACCUGGCGAACGAUAAUAAACAAUGCGUGCGCGUGGAGCAGGGCAACGGCUAUGGACGUCUAUGGCAGCAGCAUCUUAAUCGCUUGCCGCUGGUCACACUUGAGGUGGCAGAGUCCAUCAUAUCUCAAUAUCCGUGUCCCAAGCGCAUGCUGCAGCAGUUUGCGGACGAUCCACAGGCGGUACAAACGCUGGCAGACGUCAAGAUAAAGCGGAGCAACGGACCACAGCCGCUGCAGUCGGAGAGAAGGAUUGGCAAUGUGCUCAGCAAUAAGUUGUAUACUCUAUAUACUGCCAGAGAUCCGAAUACUUUGAUAUAGGAAUUAGAGCUUGCAUAAAAACUAGUCUAGGGACAUAUUGCAUAUACAUGUAUCUAGGUAUCUAGAAUAGGGACGUUGAUUUAGUUAUAUAGA